AUGUGGCAGUGUUCGGUCUUCAGAAAUGCACACAAGGUGCUGGAUGCAAUAUAGACACAUUUGACCAUUCAAGGGCCUUUAGUUCUGGGAGUUUGGCAUGCACAUACUAGUGAACUGAGAGGAGCAUUGGGCUUGAUUCUUGAUUUUGAGUGGUGCAUUAGAUUCUAGUGGAGACCAUCACAUGUGGUAGAUGUUUUAUUUUUAGAGAAGAGGUGCUGCAUGCCGGUUGGUUCUUUGGAACUGUGGAGUUCUCCUUGGUGGAAGCCUCUAAAAGGCUAGCAGACAUUCCUUGGAGAACUGUAAGGACCCAAAAGAGAGAGGGUUUGAGAACCUAAAACCACCGCAAAAUGUUUAACAAAUCAUUUGGCACGCCUUUUGGAGGCACCACAGGCGGCUUUGGGACAACUUCAACUUUUGGGCAGAAUGCUGGCUUUGGGACUACAAGUGGAGGAGCAUUUGGAACGUCUGCAUUUGGAUCAAAUAACAACACAGGGGGCCUCUUUGGGAGUACGCAGGCCAAGCCAGGUACAGGAGGCUUGUUUGGUGCAAGCACCUUUAGCCAGCCAGCCACGUCCUCCACGAGCACCGGCUUUGGGUUUGGAACAUCAACAGGAACUUCUAGUGGCUUGUUUGGAACAGCGAGCACCGGCGGAGGUCUCUUCUCAUCCCAGAACAAUGCUUUUGCACAGAAUAAACCUGCAGGGUUUGGCAACUUUGGGACAAGUACUAGCAGCGGUGGCCUGUUUGGGACCACCAACACCACCUCCAACCCAUUUGGGGGGACUUCUGGAUCCCUUUUUGGAACGGCUAGCUUUACCACCGUUCCGACUGGCACUACCAUUAAAUUCAACCCACCAACUGGCACAGACACUAUGGUUAAAUCUGGUGUCAGUACAAACAUCAGCACGAAACAUCAGUGUAUUACUGCUAUGAAAGAAUAUGAAAGUAAAUCGCUGGAGGAACUUCGUUUGGAAGACUAUCAAGCAAACAGGAAAGGUCCCUCCAACCCUGUAGGAGCAGGAGCCACUCCCGGGCUCUUUGGAUCGUCCACGGCUACGUCCAGUGCAGCCACGGGCCUCUUUGGAUCGUCCACCACCAACACUGGUUUUUCAUAUGGACAGAAUAAAACCGGCUUUGGAACUAGUACAACAGGUUUUGGAACAGGAACUGGGGGCCUCUUUGGCCAGGCUCAGCCAACCACCAGCCUCUUCAACAAGCCGUUUGGCCAGGCCACCACUGCGCAGAACACGGGCUUUUCGUUUGGGAAUACCAACACCCUUGGGCAGCCCAACACAAACACCAUGGGUUUAUUUGGAGCAACACAGCCCUCACAGACUGGAGGCCUUUUUGGGACAGCUGCCAAUACGAACACUGCGACAGCAUUUGGAACUGGGACGGGCCUCUUUGGACAAGCCAACACAGGAUUUGGUGUUGGGGGCUCGUCUCUGUUUAGCAACAAGCCUGCUGGAUUUGGAACCACAACCACCAGUGCACCUUCAUUUGGGACAAAUACAACUGGCCUUUUCGGCUUUGGUGGAAACACUACUGGGAAUAGCCUGUUUGGAAACAAGCCUGCAGCUGGGGCUCUGGGAACUGGACUUGGUACAGGAUUUGGAACAGCCCUUAAUGCAGGGCAGACGUCCUUAUUUGGAAGCACCCAGCCUAAACUUGGGGGUGCACUGGGGACAGGAGCAUUUGGUGCCCCUGGAUUUAAUACCUCAACAGCCACCCUAGGCUUUGGAGCUCCCCAGCCUGCUGUGGCUCUGACGGACCCCACUGCUUCGGCAGCCCAGCAAGCCAUUCUUCAGCAGCACCUCAAUAGCCUGACUUAUUCGCCCUUCGGGGAUUCCCCUCUCUUCAGAAACCCCAUGUCUGACCCAAAGAAGAAAGAGGAGAGACUGAAGCCCACCAAUCCAGCAGCUCAGAAGGCAUUGACCACGCCCACUCACUACAAGCUGACUCCUCGCCCUGCAACUAGAGUACGGCCCAAGGCUUUGCAGACCACAGGAUCCUCAAAAUCCCACCUCUUUGACGGCCUGGAUGACGACGAGCCAGCCCUGUCCAACGGGGCGUUCAUGCCCAAGAGGAGCAUUAAGAAGCUAGUUCUGAAGAACCUCAACAGCAGCAAUCUGUUCUCACCUCUCAGUGGCGAAGCUGAUGACCUUGCUUCUCCAUCAGAGUAUCCAGAGAAUGGAGAACGCUUCAACUUCCUCUCCAGGUCGGUUGAGGAGAACCACAGACAGGACGGGGAGCAGGAGGAAGAAGACACCAGUCAUCACGAAGUGACCGGCUUCUUUAGCAACCCCAUUGCCAAGCAGACCCCAGAGAAAGCCAUGCACAAGCACCACAACCAUGUCGACAACACUAUCAUGGCCUUGAACGUGCGCCCUCCCCUGCGAAAUGGGCUGGAAGGCAGCAGUGAGGAGGCCUCCUUCCACGAGGAAUCCCUGCAGGAUGACCAUGAGGAGGAGACAGAGAGCAUUCAUCACAUCCAUCCAGCAGGAAUUGUUUCGACACGAGUGGGCUAUUACACCAUCCCAUCCAUGGAGGAGUUGGCCAGAAUGACGACUGACAGAGGGGAGUGCUUGGUGACAGACUUCACCAUCGGCCGUAAAGGCUACGGCUCCAUCUUCUUUGAAGGCGAAGUAAACCUGACUAACUUGAAUCUGGAUGAGAUUGUGCACAUCCGCAGGAAAGAAGUGAUCGUCUACCCAGAUGAUGAACUGAAGCCACCCAUUGGGGAAGGUUUGAACAGGAGAGCUGAAGUUACUUUGGAUGGAGUUUGGCCCACUGAUAAAACCUCCCGUGGUUUGAUAAAAAGCCCAGAACGGCUGGCAGAAAUGAACUAUGAAGGAAGGCUGGAGGCGGUGUCUCGGAAGCAAGGUGCCCAAUUCAAGGAGUACCGCCCUGAAACGGGUUCGUGGAUAUUCAAGGUGGCUCAUUUCUCAAAAUAUGGCUUGCAAGAUUCUGACGAGGAAGAGGAGGAGCAUUCAUCAAAAGUAGAUGCAAAGAAGUUAAAAACUGCUCAGGCACCCCCGCUGGGCCAGUCAGUGUCCCAACAAGUAGCUCUGAGUGGGAAACCAGCACUGCCCUCCAAGAGCCCAGAUGUUGAACAGCUGGGGAAGGUGGCGGAGUUUGACAGUGACAUGGCAGACAUCACCCAGGACAUCGCUCAGGAUUCUGCAGUGGAAGAGAGCCUUGCAGAAGAGCAGGAGCCUGUGCCAGCGUCCACUCACAUUGCAUCCUCUCUGGACAUCAACCCUCACACACUGCAGAUAAUGAAGGCUUCAUUGCUUGUGGAUGAAGAAGAUCUGGACUUCAUCCUAGAUCACCGAUUUGGCAAGCAGUUGCCACUGGUGGAUACUUCCCAAGAAAUUUGCUCUCCAAGACUGCCAAUUGCUGCCUCAACACAGGAGAGGAAAAGCCGUCCCUCAGUUGGUGGGCUGCUGCGGCCGAGAGUCUCUAGUGGGUCUUUCCUCCUCCCUGCUGCUUCUCUCCAGGACCUCCGCAGCCCAAGGACUUCCUUGCAAGGUGGUGCUCCUUCUGCGCCUUCAUGGUCUGCACGUUCCCCGCUGGCUUCUGUUUUCACAGUGCCCAGUUCAGCGCCUGACGUUCCACUGAAGACAGUGGGUAUCCGCAGGCAUCCUGGGCUGGUGCCUUUGGAAAAAUCAGUCACCUAUGGGAAAGGAAGGCUUCUGAUGGAUAUGGCUCUCUUCAUGGGGCGCUCCACCCGUGUUGGCUGGGGAGCCAACUGGAUUCUUGUCCACAGCGGAGAGCAACUGAGCAGUGGGUUGAGUGAUCCAGAAGAUCUCUGCAAUACGUCCAUGGAGUAUGGAUUCUUGCCAGCACCCGUUGCUCCUAAACAGCUCUCAGAGUCUCCCUUCAAGGUUCAUGUAGAGAAGCUCAGCCUGGAAGGAAAGGCCAGUGGGAAUCAGGACUCCUACCUCAUUCCACUGGAGAUCAAGUUGAAGCACAGCACUGUCCACAUGGACGAACCCUGCCCUCUCAUCACCCCCAACCCUGGGGUUGCUGCCAUCCACGAAUAUGCCGGCUGGGCCACAGAGGUCUCGGGAGACCGAGAAGAAGAGAGAGCUGCGGUGAAGGACUGGGCUCUGGUGUGGACUUUGUGUGAGGCACUCUGGGGCCACUUGAAAGAGCUGGAGGCCCGCCUGGAUGAGCCCAGCGAGUACACCCUUGCUUUGGAGCGCCGGAAGGCUUUUUCCCGCUGGCUGUCGCAAACGGCGGCUGAGCGGAUUGAGGAGGAGGUCUCUCUUAGCCAGCAGGACAAUCCCACAGAGGCUGUCUUCAGCUACCUCACUGGGAAACGCAUCAGUGAAGCUUGUCAGCUGGCUCAGCAGUCUGGGGAUCAUAGGCUGGCGUUGCUCCUCUCCCAGCUGGUAGGGAGCCAGGAGGUCCGUGAACUUCUUGCCAUGCAGCUAGCAGACUGGCAUCACCUCCAGGCAGAUGGCUUCAUCCAGGAGGAGAGACUUCGCAUCUUUGCCCUGCUAGCUGGCAAGCCGGUGUGGCACUUGUCAGAGAGGAGAAGUGUCAACGUCUGUUCCCAGCUGGAUUGGAAGCGCUCUGUGGGCAUCCAUCUCUGGUACCUGCUUCCCUCCACAGCCCCCCUUUCCAAGGCUCUCAGCAUGUACGAAGCUGCAUUCCAGAACUCCUCGGAAUGCGAUAAGUAUGCCUGUUCUCCGCUGCCUCCAUAUCUUGAAGGCUCAGGCUAUGUGGUUGAAGAUGGCGAUUCACAGCACCCCCUGCGAGAUGUCUGCUUUCACCUCUUAAAAUUGUACAGUGACAGGUGUUACGAGCUCCAGGAACUGCUUGACCCCAGGAGCAUAACGGCCGACCCCUUGGACUACCGCCUCAGCUGGCACCUGUGGGAAGUGCUGCGGGCCUUGAACUACACCCACCUGUCGGAGCGGGGCCAGGGCGUGCUGAAUGCCAGCUAUGCCUCCCAGCUGGAGAGCGAGGGGCUGUGGGAGUGGGCGGUCUUCGUCCUGCUGCACGUGCCCAGUGCCCACACGCGUGAGAAGGCAGUACGCGAAUUGUUGAACCGCCACUGCACGCUGGUGGAGACGCCGGAGUCCUGGGCCAAAGAGGCCUUCCUCACAGAGAGACUGUGUGUGCCACCAGAGUGGAUCCAUGAAGCCAAGGCGCUGAGGGCCAGGAUGGAGGGAGACAAGCACAAGGAGGCCCUCUACCUGUUCAAGGCAGGGCACUGGAGUCCCUGCCACAGACUUGUCGUCCAGCACCUGGCUUCAGAUGCCAUUAUUAACGAAAACUACACCUACUUGAAGGGGUAUUUGGAAAACCUGUCUGCUCCAGAGCACAGCGCACUCAUUCAGGACUGGGACACUGCUGGGCUGGUGUUCUUGGACUACAUCCGGGUGGUGGAGAUGCUUGACAAGAUCCAGCAGUUGGAUUGCUCUGGGUACGAGCUGGAGGAGCUGCAUACCAAAGUGACGUCGCUCUGCACCAGGGUGGAGCAAGUCCAGUGCCGCAACGCCAAGGACCGCUUGGCCCAGUCGGAAAUGGCCAAGCGCAUUGCAAACCUCUUGCGUGUGGUGCUGAGCCUGCAGCACCCUCCGGACUCUGCCUCCAACUCCACCCCGGAUGUGCAGAGGGUGCCCCUGCGCCUGCUCGCCCCCCACAUUGGCCGGCUGCCCAUGCCGGAGGACUACGCACUCGAGGAGCUCCGCAGCCUCACUCAGUCUUACCUGCGGGAACUGACAGUGGCGACCCAGUGAGGCCCAUCGGUGCAUCUGGAUGGACCCGCCCUCUGCACCGUUCGUUUGACCCUUUUGGCCCUGGUUUUCAGGGUGAAGGCGCACCCGCUUUGCUGCACCCUCAUGAGCAGCACAGAAUUCUUCUUCUUCUUCUUCUUGUUCUUUUUAACCCUCGGAUGCUGCAUCGCUACCACCAGCUGGCUUGUAGCCACAGAGAUGGAUCCCAAAGACCUGGAUCUGGUGUUGGGGCCCUGCCCCGCCCCACCCCUCUCCACUCCACAAUGCACUCGGGUGUUAAUAAAGCCUCUCAACUGCAGCAGAAGCCAGGUUGCCAGGCCUGUAGCAGGUAGGAGCCAGGGUGGUGGAGCCCCUUCCAGAUAGGCCCCAUGGAUGGGAAAAGUCAGUGUUGCCAUGUACUGUGGAAUCUCCUUGUAAACGGAGGUGGGCCAGAGGGGCUGAGUUUGGGAUGGGCUCACAGUGUGUGUCCUGUGCUGCUGCUGCUGGGGGUGGGGGGAGAAGGUCAACAGUGGGAGUCACCCUGUGCCUUCCAAGCUGGUUAAAGGUGUAGGGGGUAUGGUUUGGUCAUCGGAAGGGAAGGGGGUGAUGUUUAUGGGUGAAGGCACAGCACCUGCUACCCUCCAUGCAGUGAGCUGGCCUUGUCCAUGACAUCAGUCUCCCAUUCCUUAACCCAAGGGGGAAUUGCUCAGUUGAGUCGGCAUCCAGACAUGCUCUUCAGAGUUGGCAUGUUGCUUGGAGGUGAGCUGGACAGCACAAGGGGCCCCUCCAGGACUCGCAGUAAUAGGCGGAAGGAUUCUGCUCCUGAUGCUUUGAAGCCCUCUCUCUUCUCCUGAGAGCUGCUGGCCUGGCUUUCAGAGGCCUUGGCCUUCUAAGCAGACCUGCUCUUGUGCAAGUGCAAGAGGGGUGGGGGUGGCACAGCCUCCCUUGAGACCUGGACUUUGCUAAAGCCAACCAGUGUAAGGCCGUGGGGUUAGCCUGGUGACGAGUCAGUUUGCCGAAUAGCUUCAUCGUAUCACAGAGAUGGACUUCCGGAUGCGAGUCUGACAAGGAAAUGGCCGAGAGCCUUCUGAAUCCCUGGCUUGCCUGAACCUGAGGGAAAGGCAAGCUUUGGGGCGGGGGCUGCUACCCUGCUUCCUCCCACCCCGCCUGCGACUACUUGCGCAGACCUGGGGCUGCUGCCGGGGCAUUUGCUCCUGGACUGUUGAAGGCAAUGCGCGUGCGUGUGUGUGUUUGUGUCUGUUGGGGGUGCCAGCAAAGUGGUUACGCAUGAAGAUUGUGUAAAGGUUUUUAUGAAAACUAUAAAUAAAUGAUCCAGAUUAUUUUCUUGUCUGUUUUUCUGGAAAUACUUUCUAAGAAAAAUAAAAUGUUUAUAGCA